AGACCGCUGUCAGGGACUGCGCGACGAAGACCACAGCUUGACGGCCCCCUUAGCAGAGAAGCUAAGAAAAGCAUGUGGGUUUUUGGUUACGGGUCCCUGAUAUGGAAGGUGGACUUCCCCUAUCAGGACAAACUGGUCGGGUACAUCACAGGCUACAGCCGACGCUUCUGGCAGGGGAGCACGGACCACCGCGGGGUCCCCGGCAAGCCUGGAAGAGUUGUGACUCUUGUUGAAGAUCCUGGGGGUUGUGUAUGGGGUGUUGCUUACAAAUUGCCAAUAGGAAAGGAAGAAGAGGUAAAAGCAUACCUGGACUUCAGAGAAAAAGGAGGUUACAGGACUGAAACAGUCAUUUUUUAUCCAAAAGAGCCCGCAACAAAACCAUUCAGCGUGUUGUUAUAUAUCGGAACAUGCGAGAACCCUAAUUAUCUUGGUCCUGCUCCUCUGGAAGACAUUGCUGAACAAAUUUUUAAUGCAGUCGGCCCAAGCGGAAGAAACACGGAAUAUCUUUUUGAACUCGCAAAUUCUAUUAGGAACCUCGUGCCAGAAGAUGUAGAUGAGCAUCUUUUCUCUUUGGAAAAAUUGGUAAAGGAACGUUUGGAAGGAAAACAAAACCUCAAUUGCAUCUAAAGACUGAGUCACUGCUUUCCCAAACGAGCAGAGUUUCUCGUGUUCAGAGCAUAGCUUCAAUGGCAGUGUGAUUCGAAACUGUGUGUACCUUAAGACCUUCUUUAUCUUUCUGUCAUAUUUAAGAUAUCUAAAUUUAAAGUUUCAGGUGUCCUGAAACACACUUGUAGUCAAAAGACUGGAAUAUUGCUAGAGAAAAACAAGUUUUAAUAAUCGGCAUGAUUAACUAUAUAGUGUUGCUCAUGAGAAUUGAGUUCUUUAAGAGACAGAAGGGCUGAGUUUGGAUCUUGUUUUUGUUAGAGUAAAAAUAACUAUUGUCUCAUAUCAUACUACUGUUUUGAAGUUACAGGGAAUUAAGCCAAAAGUGUAGUUAUUUCAUUAAUACACUCUGAUACUCUAUUUCUAUAACCAUGGCUUAAAAGAUAUCUUAAAUAACGUGUGACUAGAAAUGUAUGGCAAUAUAAAAUUUAAUCUCGAAUGUGAAUUUCCUUGUUAUCCACAUUCAUAAUGAGUUUUUCAAGUUAAAUCAAAAAAUACUUUGGAAUGUUUAGUAUAAAACUAUCCUUAGAAUUAUAAUGUACACACAUCUCCUUUUUAAAUGAAUUCAUUUUAAUUACCAUUUGGAAAAACUCAUUGAGCCUAAAAGUUAUGUAAGUCACACCUACUAGUAGUGUAGUCUUUCAUUCACUUUGUCCUAGGUACUGAACGAUUUUUUUGUGUGUGAUCAUAAAGAUCAAUAGACACAUAAAUAAGAGAGUUGGGCUUCGAAACACAUUUGCAAUUAUAAUAUUGAGAAAGAAAUGGCAUUAUCUGAUCAUAUGCUAUAUAGGAUAUUUUUAUUUUCUCUAACUUAAAUGUAUCAACUGAAUAAUGUUUAUAUACUAUUCAAGUAGAAAACAAAUGACUAACGUGAAAUUA